CAAACCAGGAAGUGACUGAAAGUGAGGAAAGUAAACCCGUCGAGGGUGAAUAAAUGUGCUGGGGAAGACGCGAUGGCAUCGAUAAUCAAAGAAACGCAAAGCAUUAAAGAAGCAGUGACUCACAUCAACAGCGUAGAUCUGAACAAGUUCUCCAGACUGCUGUCACGCAUCUUUCAGAGACUCCAUUUAAAGGAAGAACGCCUGUUCAGCAAGGAGGAAGAGGAGAAACUGCAGAGUGCUCUGUCACUGGAGAAGCAGUCUCUAAAUCUGGUGGUGGAAACGGUAUCAUUUAUCAUAGAACAGGCUGUCUAUCACAAUGUGAAACCAGCAUCUCUUAAGCAGCAGCUGGAGAACCUUCAUCUCCACCAGGACAAGGUGGAUGCUAUAUCCCAGGCCUGGGCCACAGCUGGUCCAGAAACUAUCGAGAAGUUCAGGCAAAAGAUCUUUGCCCCCAGAAAGCUCGAACACGUGGGAUGGCAGCUGAACCUGCAGAUGGGCCAGGCAACACAGGCAAAACUGAAGGCCCCAUCUGCUGUGCUGGAGUUUGGUGUCAGCAGUGAGAAUUCAGAGUGUCCACAGAAGCUGUUUGUACAGUUCAGCCACCAGGAGUUACUGGAGUUCUACAACAAGUUAGAGGUGGUUCAAGCUCAGUUGGACUCCCUCACCUGAUGAUGCGAAUGUGGUCCUCCGUUCUCAUUCGGGUUAAAGAGCCUCCAACUAAUUGUGCACCCAGGAGGACGCAGGAAUGGGGGCCACCCUACCGGUCUUCUAUACAAGACAGUCGAUACAAACAAGAACAGUUUGAGUCACAGCUUAAUUGUCAGUUUGGUCAAAAGUGUCAAAUGUGCCGUUGUUGUCACCCUCUCUAAAGAUACCCGUUGGGCUGCGUGAAUAUGGAGAUGCUGGUGUUUUUUGUCUGAGAGCUGUGCCUUUGAGAGAAGACCAUGGGAGAAUUUGACUUUUAUUUUAUUCCUGCUCUAUAUGAAACCAUUUUGCUUUGUUUUCUCUAUGCGUAUCGACCCCUACUCUAACAAUGCCAUGUAAAUGAAGAAACCUGGUGCUUUAUAUCGAUUUUUUUUUUUUACUGGCUAUCGCCUGGUCUCAGCUGUCCAAUUACACUGGCUCAUCUCUGCUGUCAUUCUGGCAUUGCUGAGCCGUUUCUUCAUUGUGUUUAUUGCAGAAGAGCUCGGCCAUGAACCCUGUGUCUGUAUGGAUGCUAAACACAAAUGUGCAAACAAACAAACACUCAUCCAUUGUAGCCAAAUGACCAUAUAUCAGUCAGAACAGCCUUUGAUGAUGGCCUCAUGUAGAAAAUUUCAAACUGUUAAAAUGAUUAAAUAUCUUUAUUUAUGUUUACCCCCGCCUUUUUCACCACUGGAACAAAGUAUUAAUUGCUACAGACACGUGUUAAUGCGGAGAUAAAUGCAGAGAAACAUGUUUAUUGGAACUUUGAAAGUUUUUAAACUUCUAAAAUAAGUGCGGCUUUAAACUGGUCAGUUUAUAAAAGAAUACAGCCUCGGAGUUACGCGGCGAUGUUGCUGUGAACUCAAAGCAAAUUGCUUUCAGCGCACACCACAGAACUCCAGUUUUAUCGCUGCCAAACAAUAACUGCAGCAGAGAAGUACAAACAGGCACUAUAAAACAGCUAAUCUCAAACACAGACAAUCUCUCACACCAUAUUUCACGUGCUUUAUUCUUGGGGAUGUUUCAAAUCGCAGCACAGGAACACGCUCAGGCUGGUCUGUGCGAUGCCUCGAUUGGAAAGAGUACAGCGGCACGCUGGCGAGAUGAGGGUGAGAUGACUAUGCUCCUCCUUCAUAGAUGACUGAACCCCACCCAGAUGAUGCUGGAGAGCAUACUGGCUUUGGGAGUUACAUGGCUUUUCAACGCAUUCAGACAGCUGGGAAAGUUAUUUGUGACCAGGUGAGUUUGUUGUAGACUUCCUGAGAUGAGCGGUUGGGUUCCGUAAGUGGUUUACUGUGCGAGUUCGGUCCACGAACAUCCGGGCCCCUUUUGUCGAUCUCGCCUGCAUUUGGUUAGUUCUGCCAGUUUGCUUGACUUUGAUUUUCUGUCACAGCUUUUGAUUAUAGGGUUGAUUGUUUAGCUACAACUUGGGUUAUUUAGACACUGCUUCAUGGAUCUGUUUUUAUUUAUUUUUUAAAUUUAUUUCCAAACUUUGUAGGAAUCAUUUGUCAAUGUGGACUUGUCAAACCGUUCUCUAAUUGGUUCAGAAAUAGUUGAGUUACUCGCUUUUAAGAAGUGAGUUUAAAUUACGCCCUGUCGACGAACCACUGCUGUUGCGCCACUGGUGAGACGCUUUGCAAAUACAAAAAUGGUUCUGGUCUUGGAGUGAGCGAUUGGGAACUUGACACGCACCUUAAAGUGGAUGAGCCUGAACCGUACAGAUUCAAACAAACUAUUAAACCCUCUGUAAGGGCUGCAGUUCUCCAUAAUUUACAGCUUUUUCCGUGAUUCGAGAGGAAGGGGAAGAAAAAAAGCCCGGCAAACUUGUCGCCUGAGGGAGGUAUGUGUCGCGCAGCAGGCCGAGCAGAUGGCAGUGCGGAGCCAGCGAGAGGGACGGGGCGCAGGGCCCGAGAGCCUCCCGCCGAGAGGCAGCAAAACGCCGAACACGGAGUGCCGCGUCAGCCGUCGCUGCUUUGGGGUGCCGCUCUCCCCUGGGAGAAAGAAACGGACAUGUCGCGUUCGCCGUUCUUCUGGGGCGUGUCGCUGGCUCUUCAAAAACAAGGAGGUUAAAGAGCAGCACAAGAACGCUGAAGGAUCACAGCCGUAAAAUAGAACCUUCACUUUAUCCACCCUGUGAAAUAACCAGCUGUUAAAAACGGAAAAAACGUUGAGUUUUACACAGAAAAUGUCUUGUAAGCAAAUACAGGAGACAAGCAUGGUAGAUCUUGUGCAGCUGAGGUGGGAGAGAGAGGUGGGUACGUCAACAUUGAUGCAAAGGUCUUCACAGUUGGAACUGAAGUGGGAAUCGGACAGUCGGAAACUGAGCGGAACUCCUCGAUUAAUCGUUUGUACACAACCAUUACACUAUUUGAAGGGACUUUAUAUUAAAUAGCAAUAUUGUUAAGAUCGCUUACCAUCAGUUGUCCGGAAAUCUUCGUGACGUUCUCUUAACUGUGCUUCUUCUUUGGCUUGCUGUGCUCUGUUUUCUUCACACUGGUGUGCUGGGGAUGAGCAGGCAGGUCUCUUGGGUUCUUCACUGCUGCUUACUACAAGACUGAACGUCGGUGUUAGCCAAGCAACGAAUAUGCUGCGAAGGCUGGAGGCUAAGUGCGGUGAGCUUGGUCACCAGGGGCUUUUGAACUAUAUUAGGUAAUUGAGGAAUGUGUGAAGGCAUGGAAACCUACUGCUCUGCUUUGGUAGAAGCGGCAGACCCCUCUCCUGUAUGUUGUAGCUCAGCUGUCUUAUCCACUGGCAGAACUGUACAGGUAACGCGCAUACGGUAUCAACCAAAAGUUUGGCAUCAUGUUCUAGGCACUAGUUUUUCCUUCAUGAAGCAUUUGAUUAACAAGUUUGAGUAGGAAAUGAGCCGGUAUGUCAUCCCAUCUUUUCUGCAGCAGUUCCCAGAGAUGGAGAACACCUGUGGGUUGCUUUGUUUUCAUUCUUCUGUCCAGAUAUUGCAGAGGUGUACUCAAACUUUUGAAUUCCACCAUUUAUAUCAGUAUUCACCAAUGUAUGUUGAUGUAAUAUGCAUGAACUGGUAGAAAAUACGAUUUAAAUAUGAAUAAGUCAAAUAUUACCGAAUCUUUGCUGAAGGAUGGUCUUAGUUCAUUUGCAAAUAACCUUUAAACUCAUAAAUGAACUGCAUGAAGUGCCCUGUCUAGUUGAAGGCGUGAGCGUGCCGGAGCGCAGGCUUGGCCGGGCAUCUUCUGUCAUAUCUCAAGCCACAGGCUGUGUCUCAUGGAGCGGCAGGCCACUGACGGCUUGUCCUGCCCUGCAGCGCUCAAAAAGUCCGCCGUUCUUCUCAGCAGCCCUCGAAUGAGAGGGCCUUUGUUAGAGCUGCUUGGCUGUGCUCGGCUCUGGCGGGGCUCGUCCGUGUCUGCUGAGGAUGUCCCCGGGACACGGCGACGUCGUACUAGUCCACUCCCGCUGUAAAGCGAUAGCUCUGUGUUCGCUUUCAAGGCUCCUGUAUUGCCUCUCACCCAUUGUUACUGUAAUUACACUAAAACGGCAGUGCAAAAAAAAAAAAAAGAAAACUCAGACAAAACCACACUCCAAAUGACUGUGAGGGUUUUUUUUUUUUGAGGCUUUUAGGGGCUUUAGAGUUUUUAAAGUUUCUUUGUUCUUUUCCCCCCUGAAGCUAAGGAAGCUUUGAACACCUAGUAUUGUGUUCCACGGAGGGGAAGCUGUAGGUUAGCAAAGAAAAUAUUCGCAAAGAGACGAGCUUUUGAAUGCCAUCAGCUGCAUGAGAAUAACGUACAGGAGAUGACUCCAGUGCAGCAAACGCCAAAUGCUUCCAUAAGCAAUACCAUUGCUUGGUAUUAUUGCAUAUUAUUGCUUCAAUAAUGCAUACCAUUAUUCAAUGUGGCUUAAUCACUGCAUUUCUUAUAUUUUGCUCAAUUAACUAAGGAAGUUCAGGUUAAGUACUCUACCCAAGGGUACCAUGGCAUUCCCCUUUCCAAGUGUGGGAACCAGCUGCAGGAGCUAUUACAAUUUAACGGUGUAUUUGCAAAAGGAUCAGUCACAUUGAUCGCUUUCAGCUGGAAAUAAACUUUUAAUACAGCCCUUAUUGCGCUAACGCUCGACACAAGGAAAUAAAGGCCAAAUUUGCUUAAACGUCAUCGAACUAAGAGGCCGAGAACAGCGGGGGCAAAACCGGCCGUAGCGCCGGCUGAGCCUUCGCUCUGGAGCUAAGCUGCCGGAGCAGAGGGUUGAGUCUACGGAGACGGCACUUACCACCCCAUAAUCGCGUCGCUUAUCACCCUUCUGAUGUAUUCCUGCGGAGCCAAAUGCUAACACGACUGCCAGGCAUUACACCCCUCUAAGGAAAGCUGCCAGGAACGGAGAGGAAGCAGGGGUCUGAACCCAGGCCCUUGCGUCUGUGAAGAAGGACCCAGAAAUACAACCGAGAAGUGCAGUUGGAGAGCUUCAACUGCUGAGCAGCUGCACUUUUAGCCGAGCUGAAACGACACUUCGGUACGUCGUGAGGAAUAAUGUGAUGUAGUCUGAUGCAGCGCAUUGAUGUGGAUUCUUCUAUUAAUUGUAAAUUAAUUGCACCGCGUACAGUCGAUGCGGUGAGUCUGAUGUGUUCGUUGAUGGACGAGUUUCGCCGAUUUCAAAUCGACUAGAUAUAAAGAACCGAAGGGAAGCACGAUGAGGAUUGUUACAACGCGAGGCUGUUGAAUGUGCGUUAAUAAAUGUUUUCAUUAAGGUAAUGUGUGAAAGGAAUUCCCUUCUCAGGCCUCGCAUGUUAAAAAACAAAGUGGAAUGCUGACGAACAGCAGGAGGAUUCCCAGGUGUCUCUGUUCGGGAAGUCUGUCGACGUCUCGCGUGGUGGCGGGACGUCAGACGUCCUCCCUUCCUCCCGGGGUGAAAGGACAGCGCCGAGCGCUUCCUGCGGGGUACGAGUCGGAGUCGACGUGCCGACGGCCCUGCGGUGGUGACCUCGUCCAGGGGCCCGUUUCUGCGGCAACGCGGCGAGUAAACACUGGAGGUCACAGAUGGAAGACCGAAAGCGCAAUGUGUCGGGGUCAUGGGAAGAGGCCGCUCCCCCUCUGCAUGGAGCCGCCGCCACCCCCGCACUGUUAACGGAGGAGACCGCGCUCUCGUUUCUGCGCAGUGCAACAGAUCUGAUACCUCGUUCUUCUGUUUCUCAGAUUCCCUACCCCUGUUUAUCCUACAUUUUAAACAUCAGGGAGGAUAAUGUCGAGUGAUACACAAGGAUUUAUGUAUUAUCUUUAUAGAUUAAUUUACUUCCAGGAGAAUAGCGAAGAACCUCGGAACAAGACGCGUUUGUGGCGUCGCCGUGUGAUUUGAGAACAAUGCUACCCUAUUUUCCCUGUAAUUAGACAUGCGAGAGUAAAACGACUUUUUUUGAGCGAGGCACAAUCCCUCAGCGGUAAGCGUUUCAGUUACGCUCUCCAAAUUGGAACAGGCAGGCCUGCUUUUCAGCAGUCGGAGCAUCGUGUGAGAGGCUUCUGGAAAUGCAGCGGCCCUCAUUUAUAUUUCACUGUGCCGCCGAGUCCUAAAAUUAGGACAGCUGCAUCAAUUCUUAAAAUUUGACGUACCCAUUUCGUUCUGGAAAUCUUCUAUCGGCGCAGCCCCCCCACCCCCCGCCUCCCCGGCUCUAGUAGCUGUCAGUCAGCUGCGUCGCCACUCCCCCCAGCUUGCACAUAAACACCUACAGCGCGGUGUGUCAGUGCCUACAGCACACAAAUCAUUACACACCGGCUAAUCCUGUUUCACAAAUCCACGUAGCUCCGGUCCUUCAGAGAAAAUCCCAUUGCCUCUUAGCAUUUCCCCAUCUGUUUACCAGGCAGAAAGCUUCACUACGGUGCUCCCCCUUUUGUUUCUUUUUAAGUAGGUCUGUGAUGAUUAUUGCUUAUGUCACGCGUCCUGAUCGCAUGCUCUGGCUCCGUUGCAUUUAUAUAUUUAUACUGAAAAUCUCAAAGCUCCACGUCUUACCGUGGUACUCACCAGGAGGUGGUGGAGGAAGACGAUGCUGAUAAUGACAACGGUGGUGAUGUGCCCUUUUUUGGAGAUGCUUACCAAAGACUUGUUUAUUGUUCGUUCUGCCCUCCUUCAAAUACUGAAUAAUUCACACUCGCCGAGGUAAUGGAAACCUUCCACGAUGCCAACCGCGUAUGGGAGCCGUAUGUGUACGUGUGUGUGGGAUGGAGCGGAUGGGUAUGGGGAGCGGAUUAAGGAGGUGUGUCAUUGCAGGCAGGCAGGCAGGCAGGCAGGAGCACGCGUGCGUUUGCGUUAAUGGGAUUUACCGCGCUAGUUAUAGGAGCCGUCUUUGGCCAGGCAGCGCUUGCGGCAGCGCCGUUAAUGCACAGCUCCGUCUUCCGCCCAGGCUCUUAUCUCCGGUAACCUUAUUUCACUCGCAGAACGCUCAAGUUCUGAGGACUCAUCCUCUGUCCAUCCAGGCUGUCAUUUUACUAGACUUCAUUUGCAUUAUACUGUUUAUUUGCUUGGUAGACAAGUUUCAGCAGAUGCUGAAUUACCUGCAAUACCUAGUAUCUUACGGUUCCUACGCUUCUACGUCGUUGAAAAGCUGGAUAUUAUGGUUAAGUGCCUUCCUUAAGGGUAUAAUAACAGGCCUUAAGCAGGAGACGUGAACUUGUGAGUUUUUGUCGCAAACCAUCUGUUCCGUGCAAAUUUAAUGUAUAAUUUAGUGCAAUUUUUUUGUUUAAGUAUCAAUACAAAAAUAAAUGCUGCUUUUAUUUUAUUGCCCCUUGAGACCACGGUGGCACUAUUGAAACUGCAGCCUUGGAUGAACUGUAGGGUAGAGUUUAAAUGGAACGCUGGAAAAGUUUUGACUGGGUACUCUUCAUGGAGGAUAAUUGCAAUACGCACGGAGGCUUUUUAUUUAAAGAUUAAAAAUCUGAAAGAUGCCAGAAGGCUUUUUGGAACGCAUCGAUACAGAAUGUGGCUGGAAUUUGCAUAAAUGGUUCCCCUGUCCUGACCUUUGUUUAAAUAUUGAACGUAACUUUCAAAUAUUCAGAAAUUGUUUUGAAAAAGAAAAGAAAAACAUGGUCACCAGGAACAAAUUUAACUAAUUAAGUUGUAACUUAUAACCUGGACUUCUAGAACGGCAGCACUUUCCCUAAGCGAACGUAGGAGUUGCCGGCAUCCUCAUGUAACUUAAUUCCUUGUUUACCGGUAACGAUCUACUGACCCUCACAUCCUAGUUCGGUUUAAAUGGUGAGAAAUUGCUGUGUCGCAAACGCUGGAGCCAAGAAUCGAUCCGUCUUCCCUUCCGAAAUGGCGAACAUUUUCAAGCUUGAAAUAAAGGUACCUAUUAGACUAAGAGAGCUCGUGGAGAGUUUACUGUAAUUUGCUGUGAAAUUAAGAGGUCUGCGAGCGGGGUUCUAAAAAAUAAAUGAUGAGCCGAGUUACGUAACCUUGCGCGUAUGUUGGGUGCAGCUGCGAAAUUUGCGGGUUUCUUGUUUCAUUUUUGCCUCGGUGAAAAGAUAGUAGACGUCUGUUUAUAUACACAAGGUGCAAAUGUUGAUUAUUUCCCAAUUUCUUUCCAACAUUCCGUCUACCGACAUGAAAACUUCAAGGACGACCUACACAUCAGCGGUACAAACUGGUAUUCAGAAAAUACUCAUUCAUGGGCUCCAGCACUAAAUCUUUCUAUGGUUAUUCUCCUAUCAUUUUUCAUCUCAUUAUAU